AUGGUUUACUGCGCCGCCCUGAACUGCCGGAACGCCACGAGCGGCGCCUACAAGAACAGCUCCGUGACUUUUUAUGGGUUCCCCCUGCAAAACGAAGCCCUCCUGCAGCAGUGGAUCCACAACAUGGGCAGGGACAUGGGGACCCCCUCCAAGUACCAGCGCCUGUGCUCGGAUCACUUCGAGGAGAGCUCCUUCGAGAGGGACCCCCUGAGCGUGCGCAGGAACAGGAGGCUGCUGAAGGGGGCUGUUCCCAACAGGUUCAUCCUGGGCCAGGAUGGGAAGUGGCUCGUGGGGACACCCCAGGGCUUCUGCGACGAGAUGAGGAACAAAACUCGGAAGCGAAUCCGGAGCCCCGACAGCUGGAGGGUAAUUGGGGUUGGAGAAUUAUGGAUCUUUAGCAGUGUCUGGAAAAGAUUAUCCUGUUCCCAAAAGCAAAGUCCCGGUGGGAGAAGCGGCGCAGGUCAAGGCUCAGCAGGGUUUGGAGGCAAGGAAGAUUCCUGCCAGCCUCAGCACAGGCUGUGGUGGUGCCAUGAUCAGAUCCCAGCAGCAGAGUGCAGAAGACACACAAGUUCAUGGAUCAUCCUCAGGAGGAUCCCAAAACCUGCGCUGGAACGUUCCGGACAAGGGGAAACAUCGGAGAGCCACCAGAGUUCCCCAGGCAAGGCAAAUCCCGUGGGGAACGGAGGAGGCAGCAGCUCCCCUGCAGAAGGACGAGCCGGUGAACCCAAACAGUCCCCCUGUGAGCAGCAGAGCCAUCCCAAGACGCCCGAGGUGCCGUGGUUCAUCUGCGCCGAGUGCGGCAAGAGCUUCGCCCGGCACGCCUACCUGCUCCGGCACCGCAGGAUCCACUCGGGGGAGAGGCCCCACACCUGCCUGGAGUGCGGGAAGAGCUUCCUGGAAAAGCCCAGGCUCGUUAACCACCUGAGAACACAUUUUAAUAUCAUCCACGUGCCGAAGGAUUUCGUAGGAUAGGUUUUUCCGCUCGGGUGUUGAAAAUCCCCCCUCAGUCCAGAGGUGAUGGUUUAUAGCCCUGUGUGGAUUACAGGGGAGCUUUUGGGAUAAGGCACUUUGCCUAAAUUUAAUCAACUUCAGGUUCAAAAGGCAUCUGCUGGGUGCCAGUCUAAUAGUCAUUGAUUAGGACCCAAUUUUAAUUAGUGGCUGGAUAAUUCCUAUCGUGCUCUGUCCAUCCCUUCCUGGGAGCAGGAGCUGGGAUAGAGCAGCGUUGGCUGUACCCAAAUGGGUGUUAAAAAAAACCUGGUGCACCAAACAACAUGUGCUGGAGAGCAGCCAGAGUAAGAGAGAAACACUGGAAGUUUUCAGGGAUGAAAAACCAAGACUUGGGAAUGGGAUUGUCCCCCGAUAAAUUGGUGUUUGAAGUAACCAGUUCCAGGCAUUAUUUCCCCGUUUUCGGUGCUCUCCCAUUGACUGUAACUGCUGAAGUAACUCCGGUUUUGGGUUCUAUUUUUAUGAUGACCCCAUGUAUUUCCUGUGGGGUGAGAUGCUGCUGUGAUUCCUGAGAUUAUGGGAAAAA